CCUCUCUCGUGCCGCCCUGGUGGGCUUCCCGUGGCGGGCUAGGGUGUCGAACACGCGUCCGCUGCCGUAGGAGUGGCAAGGGACGGCAGAGAAACUAGGAGUGGGAAAUAGAGAAGCAAUUCAGGUAGUUGCGCCUGGACGCGCUAGGUGGCCGAGGGAAGCACAAUGUAAACAAAAUGUAGGAAGGAGACCUUUUCACCUUUUCAAUGCCGACGUCAGGACGAGAUGCCAGCUGCUGACCACGUGACAGCAUCUGUGCUGAGGAUUGUGGUCGCACAGGUUUGUGAUGGCUGUAGGCAAAACAUGAAGACAAUAUAAAGGAUUCUCAAUAUUGCACUUGGAACACCUUAAUCAUCAUCCAUGUGCAUGUUCUGAAAACUAUAAAUGCACGUGACAGAUUUCAUUUGAGCGUUUUGCUCAAAGAACUGUGCAAUAAAAUUUGCCUGAUUGCUUCUUGUAAAGAGCUAUAACUGACUUAACACUGAUGGGAUCAAACAAUGUAGACCUAUAAAAAACUACAAAUAUAUUAUAUGGAAAUUGGCACCACUGCUUGUCAAGAGAGAAAGGCACCAAAAAUGCAGUGAAGUGAGGAAUUGAAAUCAUGUUACCAGCGUGAGAUCUCAUAGGAUCUUGUAGAUAUUUGUAUGUGAGAAGGAGAAGAGACGGUGCACUUACAGAAUAAAAGAUGUCUUCUUGGUCAGCCAAUUACUCUCGAAAUGCAUCAAGAACAAAUCUGAAGUCAGCCUCUUCUUUUGACUACCAGCAUGGACAUUCUGAUAGCAGUAGUGUUGAAGGAGGUAAGCCCUUUCGCUCUCAGGGGUCAGGCAAAGGAUGGGACAGCAAAACUGAUGGUACAGCAAGUUUCAGGCCAGAAGGACCUAUGAAUAAUUACCCACAGAGAGAGGGAGCGGAUUCAGGGCAGCCCUUCAGAAGCUGGAAUAAUAAACCAGAGUGGAGAGUGAAUGCAGGCAGUCAGGAAGGAAAUGGAGCCCCAUUGCUUGCAAGCGGUCAAAACAGGAAUGAGAUUUUGCAAGCUUCUUUGAAUUGGUUGCCUGAUGUGUCACUGGAGAAGAAAAGCAUGGAUUUGCUACUAAAGACACACCAAGAUGUGGGUAUGCUUGGGCAGUCUGCCCAUGGUGGUGGAUUUCCAGAUAAGCCUUACAAUUCUCAGAUUUCAGAUGUUGAUGGUAUGGGAAGUAAUGGGAGGAACAUUGCAUACAGUGGUGUUGAUCAUGCUGCAUACCAACGGAAGAAAACUAGUAAAGCUUUUGAUUACCUUAAGACGUGGAGGUUGAAAAUGAACAUGCCCACAGAUUCUUUUAUGGUAGAGAAGGAAAUAUCAGAACUUGGCAAAAGGCAAAAUUCUGGUUCUUCAGUUGUGGAUACAUCACCUCUUCAAAAUACAGAUUAUGCCCAGACCGCAGUAACUCUUGGAUCCACAAGGUCAACUAGUGUAGAUGAAAGGAGUUAUCCAAGUAACGUACUCUCUAAAAAAGAAUAUACAGCUCAUUCGUCAGAUACUCAGUUUGAUCGACAUCUGUAUGGGCCAUCAGAUGGGGAUUUCUCUAAUGCAGAUCACAAUGUCAAAGGAGGAAGCAGAAUAAGUGAGCCGUCAUGGAAGUGGAGGAGCAAUGCACAAACCAAUCAGGUCUCGGGAUACAAGAGGAACUAUACCACAGUAAUGACAAGUCAGACUUCAUUAAAGACUGGAGGCAGAGACCCAUCACCUUUAUCAGGGUCACUUGAAGCCAAGAGACCAAGGAUACCAUUGUCAUUUAAUGAGAAUCCCAGGCAUGUCACCCAGCAGUAUGAUGGGUCUUUCCAAGAUCAGACGUUUGGACAUGGUAAUGAUUCUAAUUCUUAUAAUUCUUCUGAUUGGAAAAGUCAGACACCUUUUCCAAAGAGGGGAAGCUCAGAUUGGCCCACUAGAUCUGAUGCUCAGAGCUUGGAGCCAACAGCUGAUAAUUGGAUUGGCUCACGUGGACAAAUUGAGUCUCAAUCUCCAAGAAGAGCGAAUGGAGGGAACUCCCCACAACAAACAAACUGGUCUGACUCCCCAGGAUUGCUGCAGAGGGACUGUGGGGAGUCAUAUCCUCGAAGAUUGUCACCCAGAGGUAGGUCUCCUGAACAGUCAUCAUCAUCAAGGCUCCUAAGUGCACCUUCCAGAGGACGAUCACCAGGACCCAUAACGUCUAAAGCAAGGUCAACAGGUGCAAAUAGAGGAUGUUCACCAAGGCUGCCGCAGCGGUGUUCUUCUCCAGGGUCCGUGGCUUCUAGGGGGAAAUCUCCAGGUUCUUUCAGAGGAAGGUCUCCUAGGUUUUCUCCUAAAGGUAGGUCUCCAGUAUUGUUGCAGAGAGGAAAGUCCCCUGGAAUCCCAUUCAAGCAAAGGUCUCAGGGCCCUUCUUCAAGAGGAAAAUCUCCUAGGCCCUCAUCCAGGGGCAGAUCUCCAAGGCAGCACAGUAGGAGGUCAGUAAGCCCCAUUGCUGAUAGAGUGUCGUCUCGGUUGGCAAGAGGAAGAUCAACAGGCUCCCAGAGGUCAGCUGAUCGAGCAAGUAGAGGAAAGUCACCAGUUCAAUCUGCUAGUGGCAGGCUUCAGUAUCAGCAUACUCGAGGAAGGUCACCAAGAAAUACAUGUGAGAGGUCACAUGGUAAGUCUCCAACCAUUACACAAAGACGGUCACAAAAAUCAUCUGAGAGAUCCCCCAUUGGUAGAAGAAAGUCUCCUGGGCAUUUCAGGAGAAAGGGAUCACCAGGAGUUUUUGGCAGAAGCAAGUCACCAGGAUUUGUUGGAAGAGAUAGAUCUCCUAGGCCUAUAGGUAGAAACAGGACUCAAGAACAUGUUGGCAGAGGCAGAUCUUCAAGACAAUUGAACAGGGAAAGAUCCCCUAGACAGUUUGGCAAAGACAGAGUAUCUAGAUACAUUGGUAGAGAUGAAUCUCCCAGGUACUCUAACAAAGACAGAUUUCUUAGAAGUAGAUCUCCAAGCAAUGUUAGUAGAGGUAGGUCCCCAGGACAUUUGCAGAGUGACAAGUCCCCAAGGGGUAGUGGUAGGGGCAGGUCUUAUGAAAACAGGCAAAGGUCUGAAGAGCGAAUUGAUAGAUCAUCAGAUCAUGUUACCAGAGGCAGGUCACCAAGAUUAAUUACUAAGACAACAGUGAGGCAGUCUUCGAGUUCAAAAGAGAAGAGAUGGUUUGAAGAAGUAAGUGAGUCUAUAGAUAAAAAGCAUCUUAACCAGAGGAAAGGGCCUGAACCAUUGACAAGGGGAAGGGCUGCCCAUGGAUCUCCGAAAACCCUUCGUAGUGGUAAAUCUGUAGAGCAUCAAAGUCCAAACAGGUAUGAAACCCUCAGGAGAUCUCCUCUGUUUGAUGAGUUGUCUCCAUCUCCUCGAUCCAGCAAUUUCUGGUCACCUUCCCAUGAAAAUCUACAAGGGAAAAAGUCUCACAGGAGAAGGGGUUCUUGGUCACCGGUUGAUUUACAAAGAGGAUGUUCACCAGUUUCUCCACAGCCCACAUUUGAGUUGUCUGAUUCUUGGAGUAAUCACGUUGAAGGUUCCCCAUUGCCCUCUUCAAGUCACAGCAGGGUGAAAGGCUCAAAAGUACAAUCAUCUGAGCUACAAAGGGGUUGCUCACCUGUUUCACCUGAGGGCUACUCAAGGCCAUGGUCAAACAGCAUUGAUUCACGUGAUCAUCUUGACCUGAAGAGAAGCACGAGUAAAUCAAGUCGUUAUGAAGGAAAAGCAAGUUUGGAAGAAUUUUCUGACAGUUGUGGCUUUCAUGAAGAAAACUCAAGGGAAGGUCUGCAGUCUCCAUUGGUUGAUGGAGGAAAAGAAAUUGGAAAAAGAGAUGAAGAUGAUGAAGACUUACGUGUACAUCUGCUACGACUUCGAGAGCAGAAAGUGGAAAUGAAAUUAAGAAUGCUUGAAGAAGAAAGCAUUGAAACAGAAUUAAAGUUAUGGCAGCUUGAGAAUAGGAGAUUACUAGAGGAUAAUGAAGUAUCUGGGAAACAUGACAGGAGAUUCUGGAGUGAUAGGGAUCUGGAAGGAGGACAGGGAUCCAGAGGGAAAAGCUCUCGUUCCUCAAGUUCUUCUCGGCACUUUUUGUCUCACUCUGAAGACCAUCAAGAGGUUGAAUUUCGACACCGGGAAUCACCUUUAAGAGAGUUAUCAGACCCCAGACGAAAGCAGAGGAGCCAGCAUUCAAGGUCAUCUCCCCAAUCAGACAGACGCUUUCAGAGGAAAGGCAGAUACUAAAAAGUUGUGUUGUGAUUUGCUUCAUGCAAAUUGAAGCUGUGAUGUGCAGUGAUGCUGUGUUUGUGUCUUACAGGUGUGAUGGUGAUGCUUGUAACAAAUUCUUUGAAAAUGUUUACAAAAAGAGAAAGAGUGAUGACAGAUUUAUUUGAGUUUGAAUUAUAAUCUGAAAUACUGAGGAAAGUGUUAAAAAAAAUAUUUUUCUGUUGCUAAAAAGUGAAGGUUCUUCCAGAAAACCAGCAGCAUCAGAAAAGUAGUUUCCUUGAAAUAUCCCUAGCUUACACUACUAGAAGAAUACAUGUUCUUUACAUUUGUAUCUGUCAACUCCAAUUAACAACUUGGUAAAGAAGUUUGAAAUAUUUUCCAUUGUAAGAUAAGAAUGAUUGUGUGGAAAAUGCAGACAAUAUAUCAGAAACUGGUGCUUAAAAGAGAGGAAAAUUACAAUGCGUAAGUGCUCAUUAUUAUUAAUCUUUUGGGAACACAGUGAUAUGUAAUAGAAGUCAAGAUUAUGAUGAUUUUCAACUAUAAUUGAAAUAGUGUCACUACACAAGCUAUGCUGGUAUUAAAAGAAAGCAAUAGCACAUACUCACAUAAUUGAUAUAUACUCUCUUCAGCAAAGAGCACGUAUUGCAUUUGCCUGAGAUUGUUUGCUUUAAGUAAUAAUCAAAGCAGAGUUUCAUUGUUCGUCAUUAGUCAAGCCCUGCACAUCAGACCAAGGAUUGCAAGCAGCAAGGAAAUGAGUGGCCUGCCUAAACAAAUUUUGUCACAGAAGGUCGUGCCAGGAAGAGUGGCUAAAUUUCAGUGUAUUUUAGUGUACAGCAUUUUUGGUAGCAAUAUUAUUUGUGUACAUCUUUACACAGAAGAGGAAAGUUCAUCUUGCCAGGACUGUUUUAAUUAUGCAGAUAAAAUACAUACUUUGUUAAUUUGUUUUUCCCUUCUUUGUUAACAAUUUUGAAUACUAAGAUUUAAAAAUGUGACAUUUUCACUAUCAUUUUAGAAAAUUGUAAAGACUGAUCAUCAGCUUCUGUUUAAUGAUAUGUUUAAUAACAUCCCUUUUCACUUGGCGUGGCCAGUAUGUCUUGCAGCCAAAGGGUUACCUGUUUAAGAAGCACAAAUAGAGAGAUUUGAGGUCCCAUGUUAUCUCUUGUCAAGCCUGAGAAGUUUACUUAAUUGCUGUCAGACAAUUGACUAAGCGGUAGUAAAAGCCAGUAAGACUUGUAUAUAGAUAAUUUGUAUACAGGUACAGUAUAUGAAUUAAUUGUUCAUUGAUUAUUGUUUUAUGGUGCCAAUUACAUUUGUUUUUGUACAAUUGUGGUGCAGUCUUGGAAUCUAAUGUUGAUGUAGAAACACCAUGGACAUGAUUAUGCAGAACCUCUUUCAAGCACAUCCUCACUUAAUCACCUUCUACGAAAGGAAACCAAACUUCUUUUGGCAGUCACUGAUACUGGAGUCAUUUUUACAGGGAGCAGCCCUUUAGGGACACUGUGGUGCAUAAAUAAUCAUUUGAUUGUGCUGUGACUGACUAAAGCUGUCUUAUAUUUGACUAAGGAAU